AACUUUAUUUUCAAGAACUCUUUAGCGUUUGAAGGGAGAAUUUGUAUUGCAAAAUUUUUACACAGUCACCUAUCGCCGGCAAAUUUUUCAUUGUUUUAGCUUUGAAACGACAAUGUUUCGAAACCAGUAUGACAAUGAUGUCACUGUUUGGAGCCCACAGGGUCGAAUUCAUCAGAUUGAGUAUGCCAUGGAAGCUGUGAAACAAGGAUCUGCAACUGUUGGCCUUAAAUCUAAAACCCAUGCAAUCCUGAUAGCCUUAAAGAGAGCAUCCUCAGAGUUAGCAGCACAUCAGAAGAAAAUCAUCCCCAUUGAUGACCACAUCGGGGUGUCUAUAGCCGGGCUAACAGCUGAUGCCAGACUUCUCAGUAAUUUCAUGAGGUCCGAGUGCUUAAACUCCAGAUAUGCCUAUGACUCCCCUUUACCCAUAUCGCGGCUUGUAGGAGCUGUUGGAAAUAAAUCACAAAUCCCGACACAGCGAUAUGGUCGACGGCCGUUCGGAGUGGGAUUACUGGUGGCCGGUUAUGAUGAUCAAGGACCACACAUCUACCAGACCUGUCCCUCAGCAAAUUACUAUGACUGUAAAGCCAUGGCGAUUGGUGCACGGUCCCAGUCAGCAAGAACAUACGUAGAAAAACACUUGGACAAAUUCUUAGAUUGUUCACUAGAUGAUUUGAUCAAACAUGGAUUGAGGGCCCUCAGAGAAACUCUACCACAGGAGGUAGAACUCACAACAAAGAAUUGUUCUCUAGGAAUUGUGGGUAAAGAUAUGGAAUUCACUAUUUAUGAUGACGAAGAUGUGAAAAAAUAUUUGGCAAUGAUUGAGGGAGAAGAAAGAUCUCGUGGCCCACCCGCAGGAGCUGAUCAGGCUGCCAUGGAAACACAGGAUGGGGAUGAACAACAGCCCUCUGAUCCUCAGCCAGCAGAUCCAGCAGUAGAGGAACAAGGGAUGGAACAUUGACCUUUAACCUCCUCACAAGUGUCACCACACAUCUAUUGUCACCACUUUUUGAAAACAGUGCUGUCAUUUUGUCCCAGACUCUCAUUGACUGUUGCAGAAGAUUGUAAAAUACUUUUUAUCUCGACUCAUUAAACUAUUCUGAACAGAU